GUAGGAUAUAGUUUGAAGUGUUUUGAAGGAAGUGGUUGACAUUGAAAUUUUUGGUUGUCGACGCACCGAGAGAAAGAGGCUGUUGCUCUCUAUUUGGUGACAGACAAACCCAACUACCAAUGAUGUCCAUAUGAUGUCCGAAUUACCAAACUACCCACGGCCUUUACACCCGCCUCAUAUCUUUUCUUCUCAUGCGUUUCUCCUUCACCUUCCUUCUCAGAUCACUACUGAUCGGGUCAAAUCAAAUUAGAUUCUUUAUAUUACAUACAAACAUGCAUGUAUAAUUUGCUCACUAAAAUCACGCAUGCAUACACGCGUGAGGUAUAUUUUGCUCGGAUUGUCUGGAUUUGAAAAUCCAGUUCCCGAAUCCAGGAGUUUCAGUUUAAUUGUUCAUAUAUCCCUAUACUUUUUCGUUUUUUUGCUGGAGAAUUUAUUGCACUGAUCUAGAUUACGGUAAGAAGUGGAAGAGAGGUUUCGAAUUUCGAUCGGAUGAUCUGAUUUUGAUUGAAUAUUUAGUUGGAGAAGAUAGAAAGAAUGCCCCAGGAUUCAGGGUCGGAGGUUGACCCGGAAGAUUCUGAAUCCGAAGCCGAGUUCAUUGAGGUUGAUCCUUCCGGUCGCUAUGGUCGGUACAAAGAGGUUCUAGGAAAAGGAGCUUUCAAGAAAGUAUAUAGAGCGUUUGAUGAAUGGGAGGGAAUUGAGGUUGCUUGGAAUCAGGUUAAGGUCACAGAUUUACUGAGGAAUUCUGUGGACUUGGAGCGUCUUUAUUCUGAAGUCCAUUUGUUGAAAACUCUCAAGCACAAGAACAUUAUCAAGUUCUACAACUCAUGGGUUGACACCAAGAAUGAGAACAUUAACUUUAUUACUGAAAUAUUCACUUCAGGAACUCUAAGGCAGUAUCGUAAGAAACAUAAGAAGGUGGAAGUGAGAGCAAUGAAGAAUUGGUCUAGGCAGAUACUAGAGGGGCUUUCCUACCUUCAUAGUCACGACCCUCCAAUUAUUCAUAGGGAUCUUAAGUGUGACAAUAUUUUUGUAAAUGGUAACCAAGGUGAAGUAAAAAUUGGUGACUUAGGACUGGCUGCCAUUCUUCGCAAAGCUCGUUCAGCUCAUAGUGUCAUUGGCACACCGGAGUUCAUGGCUCCAGAACUCUAUGAGGAGGAAUAUAAUGAACUUGUAGACAUAUACGCCUUUGGUAUGUGCUUGUUGGAGCUGGUGACUUUUGAGUAUCCAUAUGUUGAAUGUGCCAAUGCUGCUCAAAUAUUCAAGAAAGUGACAGCAGGAAUCAAGCCAGCAUCAUUAGCAAAGGUGAAGAAUCCUGGAGUAAAAGAAUUUAUCGAAAAGUGUAUUGCAAAAGCCUCUGAACGCUUGUCUGCCAAGGAACUGUUAAUGGAUCCUUUUCUCAUGUCAGAUGAUGAUUCCGGGAGCUUAGCUCGCACAUCCAUUCUUCCACAUCCAGAUAGCAGUCAUCACGCUUAUGAACCCAACAGUUCAAAGGCGGGAGAACUUCUACUGCCCGAGGGCAGCCGGGACUUUACAGUGCAGGGACAAAGGAAGGACAUGAAUACAAUUUUCUUGAAACUACGGAUUGCUGAUUCAUCAGGUCAUAUUCGGAAUAUUCAUUUCCCAUUCGAUAUCCAAGUUGACACUGCAAACGCUGUUGCCAGUGAAAUGGUUGAGGAACUUGACUUGACUGACCAAGACGUUUCGGCUAUUGCUGCAAUGAUUGAUGCUGAAAUCAGGUCUUACAUUCCAGAUUGGGCACCUGUUGAAGAAAGGCCAGCAGUAGUGAAUCCGAGUUCUGAUGUCGACGGCAGCCAUGAUGACUCAUCAUCAUCGUCAUCCCCUUCGGCAGUUGUUGAGUGCAUCAUCUCCGGAGGUCUUGUAUUGGAAAAGCUCCCUUCGGGCCGCAAGUAUUGGUCCGAUUCACCAAAAACCAGUCCCGCAAACUCGCCUUUGAGGCCACCACAUCCCGAUUCACCAAACAUGGAAGCCAGCUGGACCGACGAAAAAGAGAAGCCACCAAGGAUUUCAAGAGAAGAAACCAAGGCUGCUGAUAAUCCCAACGUUGACCUGAGCCUCAUCCCAAAUGAGCCUAAUCAAUUGCUGCACACACAAAGAAUUGUAGAAAAACUCGAGCAGCUCAUGUUUAAACAGCAAAACGAGCUCGAUGAACUGAGAAACAAACAUGAAAUGGCUAUCUCAGGUGUGGUGGAGGAACUCCCACGAGAAAUUCGUAAUGGUGUCUUAGCAAUAUGCAACAAACACAUCUCUAUCCAUAAGUCACAAUACGAGAGAGGAUGUUCUUCGUCAACUAAGAACUCUACAGAUCGUAGUGCUUCUUUGUAGAUAGAUAUAGAUAGGUAGAUAUAUAUAUAAGCAAGCAGAGCCUUGAUUGCGAAGCUUUAUCAUUGUAGUAAUUUAUUAGACUUGAGGUUGCGCUCUCAUUUGUUCUUCGUUGAGGCAGGGUUUUCUUUGAUUGCCUGAAUAGGUUUCUUACGCAGUCUCACACGCUGCUUUCGUUUUAUUUUGCAUAUAGAUUAAAAAAAUCGGCAUUUAAAUGUGCAUCUAGUAUUCUAGUAUGUAUCAUACCUGUACAUAUGAAUUGCAUGUUAUAUUUAGCCAAACUGCUUGUUUGUUGUGAAAUGGUUUUCUUUAAUUUGUAAUUCACAUCAAGCUGAA